AUGAUGGGACAAAGGCUCAGAAAAUGCAUCGCCCUUUGCCUGCUGCCCUGGAGCUGCCUGGGCUUUGCCUGGAGUGAUGCUGCUGGGCCCGGGACUGCCUCACCCAGGGAAGGACACGUCAGCAAGGGGCUGCCCCGAGACACUGCCAAUGGGACCUACUUGCACAGCAACAUCUCAGCACCAUGCACAGCACUCCUCCCACCACGCUAUGGGUUCUACUCCGUGGACAGAGGCUCGGGCGUCUCCCUGGGCUCGGUGCUCGUGUACUGGUGCCAGGAUGGGUACCAGCUGGUGGGCAGCCAGAGGCUGUCCUGCCUCCGCCGGGACAGCGCUUCUUCCUGGAGCCACCCUCCGCCCCGCUGUCAGGCCACCCCGAAGCCCCCAGGCACUGGCUCCCGCGCUGCGGUGGCCGCAUCGCUGCUCAGUGGAGCUGUUAUCCUGGUGCUGUCCAUCUCCUUCGCCGUCUGCUGCUGGCGCGACAGGGCGAGGAGGAGGUGUGCGGGGUGACAGCAAAGGAGGAAAGCCAGAGGAGGAUGGAGACAUGACCACUCCACUCCUGACAGGACAAGGAAGGCUUUUGGGAGACUGAAACACUAUCACCGGUGCGAUUACCACCUUUCAGCCCUUUCCAGCUCUGUGUUCCCAGGGGCGCUGGCAGGCUGCAAUAACCUGGCUUUCCAAAGGUACCGCUCAGACCCUGGUGCUGCAAUGAAACCCUUGCAUAUGCUCUUUUCAAGGGGGCAGUUGAACCAGAGGACCACAGUUCCCCUUUGCCCUGCCUCAGCAUCGCCUGGGUGGGCUGCGGGCUCCCUGCAAUGCUGCAGCCCCCUUUCACCUCUCCCUCUUGCCUUUGCCAGCAGCCCUGAAAGCCUGUUGAAGCUGCCCCUGCAGAGCUGGCACCCCACAGCGCAGGUCCUGCCCCGGCUGGUGUCACCCAGCAGCGCCCUGCCCAGCCAGCCGCACCACAGCAUCCUGCCGCACAUCCUGCCCAGCCAGUCCCACGGGCCCAGGGACCUGCUGCCCCUCUACCACAGAAGCCUUGAGGAACACCAGCUCUUCAACAAGUUCGGGAGGCCGGUUUAAAAAUUUAAACUGCUGUUUG